GUUCCAGGCUCCUCCUCUUCCUCCCUCCUUAUACAAAUCGCCGUGGCUCAUUUCCCUUCGUUCCAUCGGCCGCGUCCCUGCUUUUAUCUUCAUUGCUUUUCGUCAUCGAACUCGAUAUCGCAGGGUUGCGUCCAAGAAAGUUUCCUCUGAUAUCCUUGUGUCCCUGAGACACCUUUUGCAUAUAGAAAUGUGCCGGAUAUAAGCGUCUGCUUCCCGGGAUUCUCGCAUUUAACAAUCCCUCUACCCUUCCCUAUUCUCUCCUUGCGCAUUUGCACAAGAUGUCACAGUUCCCAUCUCAGCAGCCCGUCCCGGAUUUGGCCAGCGCGGCAGGCUAUCUGUUGGGACACUCGAACUAUCCGUCUUUGUUUCGAUCAGCCGAUGAGGUCCCGCAAUUUUUCGUUUCGUAUCGAUGGUGGGAGGACGAAGUGACGACUAUUCUCUGGGCCUUUGAUGCCCAGGAGAUCAAACGCGUCAUUCGUUACGGGCUCUUUCAAGAUGAACACCUGCCACGCAAGGUACUCCAGACCCGUAACGCGGCUACGAUUGAUACUUUCCUCCUUACCCUGGUCGAGCCCCACGAGAGAGCGCUAUUUCCUAGUCUCUCGCAUACGCAGAAGGUCGAGGAAAUUGUCCGACGUUGUAGGGUUGCCACUCCUUCGUUGGUGUCGUGGGGUUGGUUCCCAGCUUGCAAGGACGGUGAUUUGACUCCUCUUGCAAUUGCAGAGGCUAUUGAUGCUGAAAGCCAGCUGCAUUUUACCCGGAUUUCGUUCGAGGAAUUAGUCCGCUAUUCGUUGGGCUGGCCGUCUUCCCGGGUGGACUGGUUUUUGCAGCAGCAUACUGUUUUCUACGUUCAUCUCUUGAACUAUUUGAAUGCCUUUCCUGAAGACCGGGGGAGGUAUGUUAAAGUCGAGAAGCACCUCCGGGAGCGAAGCCCCUUUGCCCACCGGGCUUUGGCUCGGUGCCUUCUCGCUGUACAAGGCAUCAGCAGCCAAGCCGACUUGUCUUCUAAUACACCUCAGGGCUUUGAAUUCUUCGCGGGGCCAAUCCAGCGUCUUUUUAGAGACCUUCCACCCAGCCUAACGCUAAUUCUGAAGGUACUUAGUGUUCUUGGAGUUCGAUUUCAGCGCACCUAUGUGCACGCCCGAGCGAUGGAAUGGACCCGGCCUUUUAACGUUGCCUUUUCAUUCCUUGAGGAUCUACUAGGCUCAACCUCCUCUAUGGACUUCGCUCGAACCUUAACCAACGCCGACGAGCGGGACUUCUCUGGAAUCGUCGAGCAGGGGAUCUUUGACCAAAGCCUCAUCCAGCGCCUUUGCAUCCAGUGGGAGCUCCUCAGCCUAGACGUGUGGGAGUGUUGCACAGCACUCCCGGAUAUGGUGGGAAGCAUCCAAGAAUGUUUACAACCCUUACUACUUCUCCGCACCUACCACUCAUUCAUGGCUGUUCUCACUGGACUCCAUAAAUACAGUGUGUCUGAGUCGUCUGCGUGUGUCGAAACGGAUACUCCCACGGCCAGCCUAGCCCCGAAACCUGUGCUCCCGCCGGACCUAGUCCAUUUCCUUGAUCCGUUCCAAAACUACGCUGCCUAUCGCCAGCAGUUCGAGAACGCCGCAGGAAUCCCAUUUCUCAUCCCGCACAUGCGCGAAUACCAACAGAAAGGAGAGCCGGUUCUUCGACAGCUGGCGUUGAAAUUGGAAAACGUUGUGCCCUAGCCAACUUCCCCAUGGUGGAAUCAAGACAGGAAUUGACACGCAUGUAAUGAGGACGCGAGAUGUAUGGACAUGAGUGAGAUGAGUGAGAUGAAGGCGAUCCGUACCCAUCCCGAUGGUUGACCGUUGUUUUUUUGUAUAAAUUGGUACAGGACUUUUUUUGCACAGACCGGGCAAUUUUAUCCAGGGCUGAACAUGUUAGGGUUUGUCUUUAGGAUGCGUGCUUUUGAAUGCAAGAAGGUCUUUCUAUUCUUUUCUCUUUCUUUUCUCUUUCUUUUCUAGCUUUUCUAGCUUUUGUGGAGUUUUCUGCUAUUUUUAUUUCGAUUUUGACAAGCUUGUACUUCUAGAACUACAUACAUGUCGAGAAC